AGCUUCCAGGCUCCUUACGAUGGCUUAUAGCCUUAAAGGGAGUCUUGGAGGAGGAAGGCAAGCUAAGAAGAAACCUGGAGAGGGCAAAGGUUGCCUCUUGAGGAAAGAGCAGGCUGGCUGGAUUGUAGGAAGUUCUUCAGUCCCUGGUGUUUCUCUUCUACAUAAGUCCAGUUCUGACACCUAUGGCACCAAUACUGCAAACUACAGUGUAAAUAGGAGGCAUAUUCCAUGCUGUUCCACCAAAUGAGCUGCUGUACCAGCCCCACAAGCAUCUAAACUGCUCCAUAGUUAUAUGUUGGGUCACUCUAUUUCAGGUACAGAACUCAUCUGAGAGAAGAAGAAGAAGAAAAACAGCACGAACUGAUUGUUCCUGUUCUCUUUCUUAAGUCAUUUGGAACACUGUCCCUCCUUGUUUUCUAAUUUCACUGCAGUUCCUACAUGAGAAGCAUCAGAAGCUGCCAGUUAGGGAGCAGGUACAGACCUUGGGUCACCCAUCAUCACUGCAGUGUCAGCAACUGAGACAAAUGCCUUCUGCAGCCCAUGCAGAUGCAUUUAAAGCAGAUUUGGCAAAAAGAGGAUGAAUUAAUGAAGCUAGAUUAUGCAAGAGGAAUUAAAGGCAAUGAAGAAAGAGGACCCUCACUGCAAUAUGGACAAUAUACAAAGCCUUCCCUUUCCCCACUGCUUGGACCCUGUUGUGAAGUCGGACAUAGCUUCCCCCCUCAAUGAAGAAUUCAGGGCACAGCUUGCCCACUUUGGAUACGGCUCUCCUCCAGACCUCCAGAACUUCCAGGGCUCCUUAGAAGGGGGAUCUCGUAAGCGUAAAAGCAUGCCCACAAAAAUGCCUUCCGCUGUCCCUCUAGGAGAUUCCACCUCCCCGUUGCACAGAUCUGAAGACAACCCCGCUGGAGGCUCUCCUAGCCUCCCUUUAAUAUUCCGUCACCACCAUCACACACAGCCAAACUACAACGCCCACAUGAUUGACCUGUGUAACAUUGGCUUUCAGUUCUACAGAACUCUGGAACACUUUGGAGCACAACCAGUAAAGGAAGAACCGAUCAAGGGUAAUGUGCUCUGGCCUGGACACACCACUUUUCUGCAGUCUCCCUAUCCAUACUAUCCCAAAGUUCACCCUGCCUUGAUGUUUCCUUUUUUUAUGCCCCCAGAAUUUCAUUUCAGAAGCCCUUUCCCACUGAAAAGGCCUCCAGAGCCCCCUUUCAGGAGCGCUGAGUUAGAACAAGCUGAAAAUAAGCAGAAGGUGGAAAGGGUGGACGUUAACAUCCAGAUAGAUGACAGCUAUUAUGUCGAUGUAGGAGGGGAACAAAAACGCUGGCAGUGUCCUAUGUGUGACAAAUCUUACACGUCCAAGUACAACUUGGUCACUCACAUUUUGGGGCACAGCGGGAUCAAACCACAUGCUUGCUCUCGGUGCGGCAAGCUUUUCAAGCAGCUGAGCCAUCUGCACACCCAUAUGCUGACCCACCAGGGCACCAGGCCUCACAAGUGCCAAGUGUGUCACAAGGCCUUCACCCAAACCAGCCACUUGAAGAGACACAUGAUGCAGCACAGUGACAUCAAACCUUACAGCUGCAGGAUCUGUGGGAGAGGUUUUGCCUAUCCCAGCGAGUUGAAAGCCCAUGAGUCCAAGCAUGAGAAUGGCCGGGAAAAUAUUUGCAUUGAGUGUGGCCUUGACUUCCCAACCUUGGCUCAGUUGAAAAGGCACCUAACCACCCACCGAGGUCCAAUACAGUAUAAUUGCACAGAGUGUGAUAAGACCUUCCAGUACCCAAGCCAACUGCAGAAUCACAUGAUGAAGCACAAGGACAUCCGCCCAUACAUCUGUACCGAAUGUGGCAUGGAGUUUGUGCAACCCCAUCACCUCAAGCAGCACUCUUUGACUCAUAAGGGUGUGAAAGAGCACAAGUGUGGGAUCUGUGGCCGAGAGUUCACACUGCUUGCCAACAUGAAGAGACAUGUAUUAAUUCACACCAACAUCAGGGCCUACCAGUGCCACCUGUGUUUCAAGAGCUUUGUGCAGAAACAGACACUCAAAGCCCAUAUGAUUGUCCACUCAGAUGUCAAGCCCUUCAAAUGUAAGCUGUGUGGAAAAGAAUUUAAUCGAAUGCAUAAUUUAAUGGGGCACAUGCACUUGCAUUCAGACAGCAAGCCGUUCAAAUGCCUCUACUGUCCCAGCAAAUUCACCUUGAAAGGGAACCUAACCAGACACAUGAAAGUCAAGCAUGGAGUCAUGGAAAGAGGAUUUCGUUCUCAAGAACUUGGAAGAAAACAAAUGCGACCAUCACAAACAGAUGCCCCAAGGAGCCUGGAACAAGAAGAACCUUUUGACCUUUCCCAAAAAGGCCAAGAGAAAGGACUUUCAUUUCAGUCUGAUGGUGAGAGUACCAAAGGAAGCUCAUGUCAUGAGGAAGAGGAAGACAGCUGCUAUGGAGCAGAGCAGUAUAGCCCUGCCAUGUACCACAACAGCAACAAACCAUGCACGCGGCAGGCUCUUUCAAGCCAAUCAGGACAUGAGAUGAAAGAUUUCAGAGAGUCGUACUACGAUGGGAAAGAGAAAAUGAUGAAUGUAAGAUGUGAGGAGAGGAAAGAGAGCAAAGGGAACCAGAGCCGAGGAGAAAGAGACUUUGUGAAUAAUGAUGAGAGAUGUCUGAGUUUUAGCCACUUUGAAAAUAAUAGACUCACUCAGUCUCUCUCUGACUACCUAUAUUUUCAACACAGAAACAAGAGUUUAAAGGAGUUGCUGGAAAGGAAAAUGGACAAGCAAGCUGUUUUUCUGGGUAUCUAAAUGGACUCAUGUAAACUUAGUUUUGGGAAAGAGAAGUUCCUUCAUGGUUUUUCUUUUUUCAUUACCAUGAGCUGUAAUCUAACAAGACUGGCAAAUUGUGAAAAAGAGAAUAAGCACAAAUUAAGACCAUUUUCACCUGUCAUUCAAAUGUUCUUUUACUUCCCCCUAUUUGUAUACAAUCAUGUCAUAGAUAUUAAUCUAGUCUAAGCCUGUUGCCAACAUUCCCCCCUCCCCCCCCAUCCCCGAUGUUCUGACCUGGUUCUACACAUGUGGCAGAAUGAAGUGAAAGAGUCCUGAGGUGGUAGAACAGAGUGCAUAUGAGGGAUCACAUUUUUGAAUGUUCCCCCAUGGAAAAAGUUCUUUACCAUCUGAAUAUUUAUCUUGGAAAAAAACUUGUUACAUGGGAGAGCAAUCAAAGAUGACAUCUCCAACUUGCAGCCUGAAAGUGGUAUAGUCAACUUUGCCAAAGAAAUGAGAGAAGGAAAUGGAUUCCUAAAAGUGCCUGAGUUUAUUGAACCCUAAUGUGUUUCAGAAAUACAAUUUCCUUCUUCAAGGACAAUUUAGAAAAAUUAUUCUAGGGCAAUAUGAUACCUUGUCCCAGGGUACGGUCUGAAGGCACACGAGACAACCACCCUGCAGAAGCUAAGCAAGUCUGGUUCUGCUCAGUGCCUGGAUGGAUGGAUGACUGCCCGGGUUCCACCUUGGGUUCCAUGAUGGGAUAUAAACAUAAGAAAAUAAAUAAAUAACAUUCAGAAAUGCCCUUGUGUCAAGAAGGAUCAUUUUCCAGAUUGCCCCUGAAGAAGGGGACCAAAUUUCCAAAAUCUGUUGAGCUUUAAUAAGCUCAGGGAGCCUCCAGCCGGUGUUUAUUGUGGGAUCAGUGCUCCUCAUGCAUGUAUGUUUUUUGUAGCAUUCAUAAAACAUCAUAUUUCUUCUUGAAAUGAAAGGCAGUAUGUAAUUUUUAAAAAAUAAUUGUAAUAAUAAUUGGCAUCAAAAUGUAGUUCUCUCUCUUUUCCCUUUGAUUUGGAUUUACCCUUUUCAAAAAUUUUUUUUAAAAAAAAUCCUCUUCUUCAGUGACCUGUUUGCAAGUUAAGCCCCCAUCUGGAAACAACCACUGAGAUUCCACUUCUUUCUUGUUCCUUUGCUGCAUGUAGUGCGUCCCUCUUUGCUUCUCACAGUCCACUCCAUCACUUCAAGGUUCUACCACUUGAUUCUGAUGCACAUGUAGACUAGACCAGGCCUCUGUCCCAUUUCCCUAACAUUCUGUCUUACAAGCAAGAAACAACCCAGGCCAAGCCUAUGUGGACACAGUGGUUGACUUAGUGGCUCCCACUGAGUUCUCAGUUACAAAGCAAGCAAUCUGCAAUCUGGGACAUGUUGAAAAGGAAGGAAACUUCUUUCUCAUGAGACUGGGAUUAACCAGGGUAAGUUUAUCCCCCAUCCUGGUAGUGUCCUUAAUGUAUCCCUUCACUUUCCCAUAUAAGAAGAUGGUCACACAUGAUGUGCACAGAGAGACAUAUUCUUCUUCCAGUGGUCCCUGUACAGGCCCACCUUGCAUACAAACCCUGCCUGUCAUUAUGAUGGCCAUUUUGCUAGUCUACUCUGAAAAGCAUAUCAUGUGAGGAGAAGAAAACAGUUUUUGUUUUCCUCUGUUUAAGGUGAGCUUAUCCUGAUAUUCUGUACUACUUCCCAUAGUACUACAGAGUCUCACUACACAUCUACAUUGUAGACUUAAACGAACAUUCAUUCCAUGUCCCCACAGAACCCCAGGAACUAUAGUGAUGUGGUACAGGCAGGGGUGGCUCCAGGUUUGAGGGGGCCAUUAGUAAAGUGCCCUUUGAUGGGCUUCUUCUCCAUCAGUGGGCCCCCCAGCUGUGAUCUUAUCUGGCAGCAGUGGCUAUGUAGUGUGCUACCAUUUUAAGUUUCCCACAAUGCCCUGAAUUGCCUGAUGGAGCAUCACUCUGAACACUGGGGAAAUUUAAAAUCAUGGCUUACUGAUUCAGCUACCUGUCACUGUUGGGCCAGGGGCUCUCUGGAGCCCUGACAGCUCCCUAAGGGUGUCAGGUGCUCGUGCCAGGCUUGGGUCUGUCGGCCUCUUACACAGAAUUAUCAGCAUCCUCUCCAAGCUACACUCUCCAGGGUUUUUUAGAGGAAGCCGUGCCAGUAGAAAACAAAUAUAUACUUGUAGUGUAGUUAUAACCAAAGCUAUUAGCUGACCAAGACCACUUAGUAAAACAGACCUGUAGACCAAGCAGAAGAAUCAGACUUUGCAGAACUAGCCUGAUGUGUUAAGAUGUUCCAUCAAUGCACUGAACCCAUAACAGUCUCACAGUAACAGAUUUGAUAUCUCAGAACCCCAGAAAGACAAACUUAUCCAUUUAACAAUUACAAAUAGAGAUACAUAUCCAAGCUACGCAGGCAAUGUUUCCACUGAUUUGGGGAACAUUUAACAGUUCUUCAUAUCAGAUGACAUAGAAAACUAUCUGGAAGGAAGCUUAAGGACUGCAUUAACUUUUUCACAUCCUCAGACCAAAACACAACACAGGGAGCUUCUUGUUGUCACAAGCUUUGCUAUCAUUGCACUUUGUGAACUAAUAAGUAUGCAUUUACAUGUUUUCAAAAUGAUGCCUUUCAUUUCUGAGUGUGGAGGUAAACCUCUUUUAGUCUGAACGGUGCCGGAUGAACAACCUUGAAGUCCUCAUUUGAAAAACAUAAAAGCAACUAUUGCUCUAAUUUGCACUACAGAACUUUUAUCUAUCAAGCACCUGGAAGCCUGCACUAUAUAGCUUGUGUGCACCCUUUGGCCACAGGUUGAUAGACCUAACUGUAUAUACCUGUGAUGGCCAAAUAAAAGCUCAGAUAUUGCCCAUGAAACAAUUUUAUAUGGACCCCUGAAACCCUACCAAAUUAUGAUAGUAUGAUAAAAUGUUUGCAUACAAUUUCACAUAUGAGAAAAAAGAAAUAUAUUUUUUAAAUAGUGCUGUGCAAGUAAUGGCCUGGAUAUGCCCAAGUUCAUGGUCAUGCCAACACUCAUUGCACUAACAUUAUUCAGCCUGAGUGUUCAUGUGUGGCCCUUAGAUGUUUGUCAGUAGCCUAGAAUGCCCCUUGAGAUUAAAGAUAUUGGCUGUCCCCUAUCUUUGCUACAACCUUAUACUAUUUUAAGUGUCAUGUCUACUUUACAGGGCACUAGCCCUGCUUGUCGGUUACUUGUAAGGAUCUGGUUGGCCACUGUGAGAACAGCCUGCUAGACUAGAUGAGCCUUUGGCCUGAUCAAGUUCGUAUGUUCUUAUGACCCUUCUGACCUGUGAGUGGCUUGCAUUCCCUAACACUCUGUUCUUUAAACUUGGGUUCCCAGAUGUUGUUGGACUGCAACUCCCAUCAUCCUCAGACAGCAUGGUUAGGAAAGAUAGGAGUUGCAGCCCAUCAACAUCUGGGGACCCAAGGUUGAAGAACACUCCCCUAACAGCAGCACCAACACAAAACUACAUUCUCAGCAUUCUUUGUGGGAAACCAUUAUAAGUCUAUAAUGUAGUAAUGUCCUUACAGAGAAACAUCUGAAGCAUUCAGCAGAUUCAAAUUGCUUUACCUAAGAGCAGGCAGAGACAAACACAGAGAUUCUGGGAAGCUAAGCAGGAUUCUGCAAGGUAAAGCAUAACAGAGCAGACAAGUGGAAAAUUCGAAGGAAAUAUUGAUCACAGCUCAUGAUGAAAGGAUGUGGCUAGGACAACAAAGGGUAUCUGUAACAUGAUAAUCAAUUAACAAAUGAGGUUGGCCUUAUAAUAGCUGACUCAGGAGAACUCAGAUGCAUUUGGAGACUGGUAAAAAGUAAAGACCUCCUAUGUUCACUGCAAACUCUUGCACAAUAUGAAGGGUGACUUCCGGUUAUUUGAAGCAUAUCAAGAUUUCUUAGGAUCUCCUAUUAUGCGAGAAAAGAUCAGGCACGUCCCAAUGAAUUUAUUGAUGAAUUUGCUCUGAGUUGUUAUAAUUUUGUUCCUUGCUUGUUUUUUUCACAAGUCAUUUUCUGAGUGAUUUGUCUCAAAGAUUAAAAAAUUAUUUUCUAUUGCUGCCCCAUCUUGAGACCUUUGUACUGGUUCCAUUUUUUUGCAUCUUUCCAUGAUAUUGCUGCAUUUGGCGCUGAUGAGAGGUGGGAAACCUGUGGCCCUGCAGAUGUUUUUGAAUUCCAACUCCCACCAGCUCCAGCCAGCAUGGCCAAUGGUCAGGGAUGAUGGGACCUGUAAACAUCUGGAGGGCUACUGGUCUCCCAUCCCUGCUGCAAAUGGUGCAAAUCUAAAAACUGCAAUUUUAAAUAUAAUAUUUAUUAUACCAAAGAGUAUUUAAUAAAGUAUUGCCAUAUGUACAAUAACACAUGGUGUCUGCUUAGCUGAAUAGGAAAUAACAGCAUUAACAAUUUGUAUCCUUGUAUCUGUACACUGAUUUGUGUGUGUGUGUUUUAAACAACACCUUACAAGUGGAAUCCAAUUCAAAUUCCAAUAUAUGUCUUGAUAGCCAGUAGCUCAUCUAAAAUGUUACAUGUAAAAUAUAUUUUGUUAAU